UGGCCAACUGCCAUUGUGGCUGUUUGGCCAUUGCACGGUUCUUAGCCCUUAGCCGUUGCCUAACCGCUGUGCUCUGCCAUCGGCAUCGGGUUGCCGUGGCGAUAGAGCGUGUGGGUUUACUUGUAAUGUGGGCUUUUGUUGUGUAAUGAUAUCGAGUACAACUUCAAGCAAAUUUUUAACUAGCGUCUAUUGUGUGUUUAGAAGGAACGUAAUUGUUGGUUGCGCUGAAAAAUCUAAUUAGAGAUGACCAUUUUGUACAUCUUGGAAGCCUGAAUGAAACAGUGCCAAUGGUUAGCGCACAUCCCUCCUUAAUUUUCUUUGUUGUGAGGCAAUGUCAACAAAAAUUGAGGAUGAAGACUUGGAUGCUGGUGAGCAGUCGGGAGAUGAAGAAGAUGAAGAGGGCGGGCUGUCCAAACGUCGUGGUGCAGGCCGGAGCGUCACAUUGAGCAUGCUGAUGUCUGAAGGCAUCCUUCAGCAUGGUGAAAACGUUCUGUCCAUUGACUAUCUUGGUUCAAGAUUCACCGGUGAUUUGCUGAAGGACGGAAAAAUCAAGUGGCGUGAAACUCAAGAAGUCUACUCUUCACCUAGCUCGUGGGCAGUUCACUGCAAAAAGUUGUUAAACCCAGACAAGAAGUCCGGUUGUGGCUGGUCCACGAUCCGGUACAAGGGAAAAAAACUGGAUUGGUACAAGGCUACCUGGUUCAGGAAACAGAGGAUAAAGAAGGAUGACAGAGAAAAUAAUGUUGGGGCCAAAACUCCCACCGGAGAGAAGACAAAGUCUGGGAUUGUGAUCAAGAAGCCUUUGGCCUACCAGAAUGCACCAGGGCAGCCAGCACCAAAGGAGACUCUUAUUCUAAGUCAUGGAGCUCUUGGGACUCGCAAUGUUGAUUGUGAUUUGAACACCCUGGUCAUCUCCACACCAUUUAGUGUUCUGGACCGGAUUCAGCCAUUCACAUUGACAAUAUCUACAAAUUGCUUACUGCUUAUUGACUUUCACUGCCACUUGACAGAGAGUGAAGUGGUUGGUUACCUUGGUGGAACAUGGGACAUUGCUGCACACAACCUCUCCAUAUUGCAAGCGUUCCCAUGCAGAGGGAGACUCGGUGACAAGGAGGCUGCUCCAGCCAUAGAGGAAGAGAUUCGCGAGUCACUUGAGCAACGCCAUCUCACCGUUGUGGGUUGGUACCACAGUCACCCAAAGUCUCCACCACAGCCAAGCUUACGAGACUGCAACUCCCAGCUGGACUACCAGAUCACUAUGAAGGGUGAAAGUGAUUCUUCAUAUACACCAUGCGUUGGCCUCAUAUGCUCUCCUUACGUUAAAGAUGAAUCCUGUGUAGAUGCCAAGUACCUGGCCUACUGGGUCAUGCCUCCACCAGAGCACAGACCCAAUGAGUACGGAAGGCCAAUGCAGAUGAUGUACAAUGUUGCCCAGGAUUCAUUCCUGACUCAGGAUCUUCUAAUGGAAAUGCGUCUGCUGUCCGAGUACUACCGUGGGUCACCAGAUGCGCUCAACUUUUGCAAGGACUUCGAGCCUCACAACAUCAGCUACUGGGAGAAACUGAAACGCUCACUGACAUCCAAGCUUCCGCGUGAUCUGCAGGUCACAAGUGGCGACACACAAGGGCAAGCCGUUGAUCACUUCUGGGAAUUUGUGAAGGGUCUCAUCAUGCCAGUGUAGUGACACUAUGUGCUCGCAGCCUUUGGACCAUGUGAGUGGCACUUGUUGCAGUGUGCUGCCACCUUGUGAAGGUUCUACCCCUAAUCAGAGAUUUAUAAUUUUAGCCUGUAUUGCACAUUUGGCUUCUUGCAGUGGAGCCCUGUAAUGCCCUGGGGCGGGCAUUUUUAUGUUUAUUGUGAGGAGGGUGCUGAUGAAACCUAACUGUGUGACUACUCUAGCAGCAGUGCAUCACUUGUGGCAUCACUGAUAUUGCAAUGAUGUAUGAUACUGGUGCCACGCCGUUUGGUGUGAUUUUAGUCCGGCUGUGCAGCUCACGUAAGCUCCUGGUCACCCAAGUAGCAAGCAGCCUUCUGCUGGUUAGUGCAUAGAGUUUCAUACAGUUACUAGUGGGAACUGUGGCACUAGCAUUGAUGGGUGCUGCAAGCAAGGUGCUUCAGCCAGCAUAGGAAUGAUGCAUGGACAAAUACAUGUACUAACCAUCAUUCCCAUGGUGGCUGAAUGAUCACAGUGCCAGAGUUCCCUCUAGUAAUUAUUGUUGGAAACUCUAUGGGUUAGUGUAAAUAUAAAAUACUCUCUGAAAGCCAUUAUAUUUCUAAUCGCAUCCGUGAAGUAGUGCGUCAUUGCUUCGAUGUACAUAAUUUUAAAAGAAAUGACAUCAUUUGCAUAUAUAUAUCUUUAGAACAGGUAGCAUGGCCCUCUUACAGGCCUUCAAUCUUUACAUUUUUUUGUUUUUUUGCGCAAGGCAUGUGAAGUAAUAUUUUUUGUAUAAUUUUUGAGACACUGUGUGUAGAGCAUGCCAGUUCCACUGUACCUGGAAUGGAAGGCAUACACUAUACUCUUUUUAGCCCAUUAUUUCAGUGUUGUUUUAUUACUUACCUGCUCCAGUGCUUCAUUAUAAUUGCAUGCAGGUUGUUUCUUAUAAUUUUAGAAAUGUUUUAUGUCCUUGACAGAUUUUUACAAGUAUACUCUUAACCAUGUUUUCAUGUAUAUAGCCCAUCUGUACCAAAUUUGUAUAUUAUUCUGCUUUACAGUGUGUCACAACUUGACACAUGUGUAUCAGAUCUUGAAAGUGCUUACUUGCUCCCUUCACUUGAGCAUAUUUUCCAAGAUAUAUUUGACAGUUUGUUUGCUCUCCUUUGCGAAUAAUGUGGAAAGAGCUUUCAUGAAUCAUCAAACCAUUUGGUGUGUAUGCAUCAGAGCAUGUGAUUGAGUGCGGUCUUCUAUAGUAAAGUGCACUGUGUUUGCAAGGAUGGGUAAUGGAAGAGGGCAAGCUUUUGACAACGCAGAAAAAAUACAAUAUUACAGUUACAACAAUAUGAACAUAUAACAAUAGCUGUGGUAAGAUGUUUCACAUAGCGUGAUAUCUAACCCGCAGGGCCAGUUCAGCAAUGCAGGUUUGCACGUUCAUGCAGUGCAACCCACACAGCGUUAUAGCAUGUGGUGACAGGUUAUUCGUUGCACUCUAAAUGUCUUCAAGGCCACAGUGUGCUACCCUGAGGGGGCAUGUCACUUGUGCUUGUGGGCAGAUGUGUGUAGUGACGACAGACCAGCCCAUCGCGCUGCUUUGCGUUGUAGCCAUAUUUGCAGGUUGUUGCACUCUUGCUACUUUGCUCACAUGCAUGCCUUCCAUGCAUGUGCAUCUGUGUACCCCAUAGGAUUCUAAGAGGUUGGCUCAUCUACAGAGCUAAGUCACCCAGUGUUCGAGCUUGCCACAUUUUGAAGUGUUAAAUUACAAGGAAGAAAAUCUCGUACUAUUGUAUUCAGAGAGUGGCUCCGUGAAAUUAACUCGGUGUUUUCUCAGCCUCAUAAUUUCAUUCUAUUCAUGCAAAUAUGGCAAUAUAAACUAGACUUGCUCGAAGCUGAAGGAAUGCAGCACUUGUGGGUCAGCAAUAUUCUUCUUUUGGCCUUUAUUGUGGCCUUUUUGUAUUGUGUUUAGCGUUGGGCAGCCAUUUUGAAGUGAUUGCAUAUAAUGUUUUGUAGAAGUCAUACAUGAGCAAAUCUGAAACCACUGUCAUUCUACAUUGUAUGCAUAUGCAGAUAGAAAAUGAGCCUUUAUUUAAUAAACACGGGUUUCUGCCCACCAUGCAUAACUGCUGUUGCCUCAUGAUCAAGCUCCCUAUGUGAAUUGUGACGUACAAAGCAUGUUAACCCUUUCCGCAUAACUUGUGUAGCCUUCUGGGGAGCAAUGAAGAGCAACACAGUUCACAUUUGAGCUCCCAUUUCUUGUGUGUUAUGACCUACCGGUGGGUCGUGCUCGUUUGAAGCUUUCGCAAGCUCCAUAGCAAAGGUGUCACUUGUGCACUACAGGGGCGCUAUAACGUAACAUGAUUCCAAACUGUUUUGAUUCCAAUUUUUGCAAUCAGCCUCCACGAUUGGUCAAAACAUUUUCGGGCCACUCCCAACUUCGCCUGUCUGUCACGCGACGUCACGAAAACUGCGAUAGCUCCCCAUCUGAUAUAACGUGUACACACUGGUUAUGUAUGAUUAAACUGCACAAAAGAAAAAUACUAAUCAUUCCUGAUUCGACGCCUUUUCACCAUUAGCCCUCUGCUAUUGGUCCAAUGUUUUCUGGCUACGCCCACUUCGCCUGUCUGUCACGCGACCUCACAAAACCGCGAAAACUCACCAUGUCAUAGUGACGUGUACGCGGGGGAAAAUGCAUUAAUAUGCCGAACAAAACUAAAAAAUUUUCUGAAUAGCCACAGACUACCCCAUUCCGAAAGGAAUAGAAGAUGGCUGCCUGCUGAUCGCUCAGGCUCUCGCUACUCGCACCUGCCGGUGAGGAUGUAUUUAUUUGCGCAUGAUAAACCUUUUUGCGUGGCAGUAAAACGUUAUCCAGCCCUUCUGGCAUGCAUACGACAUCGCUCUGCCAACUGUUCCUUGCUGAGGAUCCGUUUUAGCGGCAUUCUUAUCCUUCCGUUGCACGCCGCCGCGAUUUUCGACCAGCCACCGCAAGCUAAGUAAGGCGAAGCGGACCAAUGGGAGAAGCUGGCACCACCCUCUUCGUGCGGUUAUCUAUUUUCACUGUGCUGGCUCGGCCCCAUCGAAACCCUCUCCACUAGAGCGUGCUCCUCUCCUCUUGUCAGCCAAUUAGAUAAAAAAAACGCUGAGUUGUAGACAAUGUUAUUUGUUUUGAAGGCGAACAAAGGUGACCUCCUAUAAACGAGGAGAGUGUUUGAUUGGGUUGUUCAGACAACGCUGCGGGCACUGCCCGAUGCUUGCGUCGGUGGUUGCGUAAAUUUAACGUCAGGAGUUUGGAAUCAAAACAGUUUGGAAUCAUUUUACAUUACAGCGCCCCAGGAAAGCCCUGUGUACAGCUGCACAGUCCUGGGAAAUCACCACCAUGACCUGCCUAUGACCUACAUCGUAGUGAACGUGUUAACAAAGCUGCCAAGUAUUAAAGACAAUUAGAAGUGUGUGAAUAGCAAAGUUUCAGCUUGUAUUGAAAUAGGAUUAUGUAAUGUUAGAAUGCAUGUGUGAAAUUGUAUAUCGGACUAAACUAGAAUAUUGAAUUUGUCCUAUAAAUUAAAAGACCUGUGUAUUCAUGUUGAAGGGGCCCUGAAACACUUUUUGAACAUAGUAAGAAAAUGUUGCCGAUCUGUCAACGAGGCUCCUGUGAACAUGCGAGUUAAAUAUUGCACUGCAUGCAGCAGGGCAUUUACAAUCUCAUAUCAAAAGCACUGAAAAAUCGCUCUCUCGUUCGCAAUGUCAUGUAGUGUCAUUGCAAUCAGUGAGACCCACCAACAGCUAUUGGCUGAUUUCGUGAUCACUAGAAUAUUCUCAAUACAAUUAUUGCUCCUUUGAGUUAUACCAAUGAAAAACACAUGUCUGCGACAUCCAUACGACAGAAAAAACAUUUUAUAUUUGCAGUCUACACACAACAGUAGCGUGUGGCCUCCGAGAUGAAAAGCGUAGUGCAGGUACUGCAGCGGCCGCGGGGUGCCGCCACGCGCCGUCUCACCGCCGAGAUGUUAAACCUUUGGGCGGGGCCAGCGAGGCAUAGCUCCUUUGUGUGUGUAGCUUCCAGCGUGCUAGUGGAAAUGAAAGGAGAAAGAAAGCCGUUCAUCGGACUGAUAACUACGCUUGAAGGAUUAGCAAAAUUGUUGCGGCAGGAGAUUCGCGUGGUGACAUAAUUAUGGAAAUAAACAGCGCAACCUUUACCCUGACCUUAGGCAAAGAAGACACACGCAAGUGUCUUCUUUGCCUAAGGUGUGCAUAAGAGUGGCGCUGUUUAUUUCCGUCAUGUAUAUGUACCAACUCGCCCAAAUAUCUGCUCCUAUGGAGAUAGUUUAAUAGUGAUGCCAUUUUAUGAUUAGUUAGAAAAGUGUUUCCCUUUAAGCUUGAGGCCAAGGCAUGAUGGAGGAGCUGAACUGGCAGCAACAGCUUAAAAACAAACCAAAUCAAAAGCAAGAGCUUAAUUAAAAUUUUUAACAUGCAAAACUCAUUUUAUAAACGUUAAAAAAUUCAGUUUAAAAUGAAACCUAAAUAGGAGACCAAGCUUGAGGAAGGACAAUGUUUAUGGGAUAUAGCUUGUUCAACAAACCUUCAAAGGUACUGCCAUGUCUGUUUUUUAGCAACGGUGACUGACAUGUGCCUCCAGAUAUUUAGCAUUUGUGUGCCAUUCAUGGCAGUGGUAAUGCAGUAUGCCCUACAAGUGUACACACGUUUGAUAUUGCCAGAUCCCUGUGAACACUGACUCAGUUUAUGUAAAUAAUUACUCCGGCUGAGCACACAAUGCUUUUAAUGUUCGCUGAUGAAGAAGACAAUGUUGAAAGCGUUGAAAGAGUGACGCAUUAAGAUCAGCAGCGUUGGCCCGAAGCAGCUUGUGGUGUUGCCCGUAACAGUUUGCAUGUGUUAACAUCAGCAUAGCACUCACUACCGAGAUGUACAGAUCUUGGAUACUAUGUUGGCGAAGAGAACUGUUUUGACACUUUGAAUUAUUUGCAAAUAAAUAACUAGGUAUUUAAAAGUUAGAUUGGAUUGUUUGGCAACUUGUUAUUAGAUUUGAAUUCAAAGUUUGAAUGUUUACGUACUCCAUGAGACAAUGCUUUCUUGCAUGGGGCAUCCACAUCGACUAUCCUGUACCUCGAAUGCAUCAGCUGCUGUCACAUUUCACUUUCAUUUCACUUUCAUGCAACUAUUCGAUGGGGGCGAAAUGCGAAAACACCCGUGUACUUAGAUUUAGGUGCACGUUAAAGAACCCCAGGUGGUCCAAAUUUCCGGAGUCCCCCACUACGGCGUGCCUCAUAAUCAGAACUGGUUUUGGCACGUAAAACCCCAUAAUUUAACUUUCAUGCAACUAAACACAAGCUUGGAAAAACACACUAGUAUCCAAGUUACAACUGCAAUUUGCAUUCCAUAACAAUCUUUCCAUUGAUGAGAGGGAGUGUGUUGUGCUCACUUUUCACAUUUGACUGUUGUAGUGUUUUCACUCAUUGAGCUAAGAAAAGUCUUACAAAAAAGGGGUUUCCUAUAGUAAAUGGGAAGUCUAACUGCUGUGUAUGUUCAAGCCAGUUUUUUGUGUGAGCUUAACUUGGCAGCAGCAAAUUUUUAAAAUGUCUUAGUCAUCAUAUAAUGCAGACAUCAAUGUGUUUUGUCAAAAGUACCUGUACGUUAUGCCACGCCAGGUAUGGUGGCAGUCCAUCAUGUGUGUUUGGGAUGCUGCAUGUGGCAAAUAAAGAAUGGCUACUGCAGUUUUAAUCAUAA